UCCACCAUACAAUACAAAAUACUGUCUUCCCUCACAAUAACAGCACAAUCCUGCUAGUUUUUUCUUCUCCUUCUUCAGAUUUAUUACUACAACUUCUGUUAACUCAUCAAGUGCGAUAAACAAAACUAGUGAGAAGGAUUUUUUUUUUUUUUUUUUUAAACUAAUAGUUGUAACGAAUUGGUAGUAGCUUCCACCAUGACAACAGCUCUUCAGGCUUCAACCUCCUAUGGAGUCGGUUUUGCCGUUUCAUCAUUCCCUCCGCCUUCAAGGCCGUCUCGUCACCGCACUCUCGUCCUAGCUCAAGCGGAACCGACGGAGAAAUCUGUGGAAAUCAUGAGAAAGUUCUCGGAGCAGUAUGCUCGUAGGUCCGGAACCUAUUUCUGUAUGGACAAAGGUGUUACUUCUGUUGUUAUCAAGGGAUUGGCAGAGCACAGGGAUACUUUGGGUGCACCGCUCUGCCCCUGUAGGCAUUAUGAUGAUAAAGUUGCAGAGGUGCAACAAGGGUUUUGGAACUGCCCGUGUGUUCCCAUGAGAGAGAGGAAGGAGUGCCACUGCAUGCUUUUCCUCACAGCUGAGAACGAUUUUGCUGGGAACGAACAGGCCAUAUCUCUUGAGGAGAUCAGGGAAACAACAGCAAAUAUGUGAUGCUUUAACUCGUCCUGAUAACCUGUCUAAUGAAAGUUAUCCUCUGUAUACUUGUUCAAAUCAAGAAAGUAGCGUUGUAAAAUAUUUUUGAUGUACCAAAGUUAUCACACUUCUCGAAGGUAAUGACAUAUUUGGUUCAGAUACGUGGUGGGCCGUAGAGCAUAUUACUCAGUAAUGAUGACAGUCCAGACUUGAAAGAUUGUAGUGGAGGAAUCGAAGUUCUGCAAUUUUGGUUAAUAAAAAUGCAGAUUAGGCAACAAGUUUCUCGACGCGUUGCCGGAAGAAUGCAAAUUCUCAAUUAGAUUGCAA